CCACCCCAGCCGCCCCCGCCUCGCCCUGCAUGUCCGUCUACAAGUCGCUCUUGGCGCCCGUCUACCUGCCCGGGCAGGAGCCGCAGCUCGAGGGCGCGUCGCCCGAGGAGCGCGACCAGGCCAUGCAGAUGGCAAAGUGGACCAAGUUUGCAUCGUCGGCCAUGGAGUCGUGUCCCGUCAAGGUCGUCCUCUCCGGCACGGCCGGCUUCGCGCUCGGCGGCUUCUUCUCGCUGCUCAGCUCCUCGUUCGCCAUCGACGACCCGCUGCGCAAGUCGAACCAGAUGGCCGCCGAGCUCGCGGCGCGCACGCCCGGCGCGCCGCCGCCACCCGAGCUCACGACGAGCCAGCAGACGAAGCUCUUCUUCAAGGAGACGGGCAAGGGCAUGUACCGCAGUGCCAAGGGCUUCGGCAAGGUCGGCGCCCUCUACUCGGGCAUCGAGUGCUGCAUUGAAGGCUACCGCGCCAAGAACGACCUGACCAACCCCAUCGCGGCUGGCUUCGUUGCCGGCGCGAUCCUGGCACGGACGUCUGGGCCAAAAGCCAUGCUCUUCGGCGGCGGCGCCUUUGCGGCGUUCAGCGGCGCGAUCGACAUGUACUUCCGGCGCGAGGCGGCCGACGAGCCGUAGCUGCGUAGCCACGCGGCGCACCACGGGACCUGUGCGCAGAGCACACAUCACCACUCAGGCCCGGGCUCGGGCUUUGUAUUUGUACCACGAUCUCAAUUUCACCAUCGCCACGACGCAC